CUCUGUCUUUUUGUUCUUGCAAUUUCAUCUUUCUUAAGCUAUGAGUUCCAAAGACCUGUCUUUAAACGCCAUUGUUACAUAAAGUCGAAGAAGAGGAAGAAGGAAAAAAAAACCAAAAACAAGAAAAGGAAAAAGAAAAAUGGAAGGAUUAGACAUUGGAGAUAGAAACGAAGGUUACGUAGAGAGAGUGGAGAGAGAGUGAAAUCUGUUCUUUUUACCUCCGGAAAGAGUAUUGGGAAACUAAAAUCCCAAGUCAGAGAGCAAUAAUGAAAACUCUGAUUCUCUAUUGCUUCUUCUUACAAAUACAAAAUAACAAUUCUCUCUCUCUCACUCUCUGUUGUAGUAGUAGUAGUAGUAGUAGGACUGAUACGCUAUCCUGUUCUUAAAAAGAUACAUCAAAAGAUUUCCAUCCACUGCACUGCGAUUGCUUUCUUUUUCUCUCUUCUUCUUCUGCUUCUUCUCUUUCUCUCCCCAGAAAUUGCUUUCAAUUCCUUUGCUUUUUUACUUGUUUCUUAUCUGUGAAAGAGAAAGAUAAAAGUUGGGGGUUGUUUGUUAUUUCAAGCAACUAUGCAGAGCUUUGAAAACCCAGAGCAGUUCUAUGCCCAUUCUUCUUCUUCUUCAAUCUUUCUUCGGGGAGAUGAUAGUGGAAGAUUUCAUACGCGUUUUCUUCCGGAUAUUGAGGAACUUCAACAAUCCGCUGUUGCUAUUGCUGCUUUUCAUCAAGAUGAUGCUGUUGAUUUAAGCUCAAGCUCUGUUUUCGGUUUAAAAUCGACCCACAAUACAGCUUUUCCAAUCCACCUACCGUACGGGAACACGGAUGUGGUUUCCAUAGGACGAACGGGGUAUUUAGAUACAGGACAGGAAUUGAUGCGGUUGAAAAGGGUGGCUCCGCCGCAUUCGCUAGCGGUGACGGUCGCAGCUUCGUCAUCGUUGGGAAACGGGAGCUUUGAGAACUGGGGAGAGUCAGCCAUGGCAGAUAAUAGCCAACAGACUGACACUUCCACAGACAUCGACAAUGAUGAAAGAAACCAGUUCCAAGGAGCUGUACAUGGAGCUCUCAUGGCGGUGGACUCCAUGGAUCAAUCUAAAGCAAAAUCUGCAGAUCAAAAGACUCUUCGUCGACUUGCUCAGAAUCGAGAAGCAGCGAGGAAGAGUCGACUGAGGAAGAAAGCAUAUGUCCAGCAGCUGGAAAAUAGUAGACAGAGGCUUGCGCAGCUAGAGCAGGAUCUUCAUCGAGCACGUCAACAGCAGGGCAUUUUUGUGGCUUCUGGGGUAGGAGACCAUUGUGCAUCGAUGGCAGGAAAUGGUGCCUUGGCAUUUGAUCUUGACUAUGCACGUUGGCUUGAUGAGCAUCAACGGCUUAUCAAUGAUUUGAGAGCUUUGGCAAAUUCUCAGCUUGGGGACGACGAAUUGAGAUUUCUUGUUGAUGGGGUGAUGACACAUUAUGAUGAACUCUUUAGGCUGAAAAGUGUAGGCGCUAAGGCCGACGUAUUCCACAUUCUAUCGGGGAUGUGGAAAACCCCUGCUGAGAGGUGUUUCAUGUGGCUGGGAGGAUUUCGUUCGUCUGAGCUUCUAAAGAUAGUAGGGAGCCAUUUGGAGCCUUUAACAGAUCAACAAUUGAUGGGUAUAUGCAAUUUGCAGCAAUCUUCUCAACAAGCUGAAGAUGCGUUGUCACAAGGCAUUGAAGCUUUGCAACAAUCUCUUGUAGAAACUCUUUCCUCUGCUUCUUUAGGGCCAGCCAGUUCUGGAAAUGUCGCUGAUUACAUGGGCCAAAUGGCGAUUGCAAUGAGCAAGCUAACUACGCUUGAGAACUUUCUACAUCAGGCUGAUCUUCUGAGGCAGCAAACACUCCAACAGAUGCAUCGGAUAUUAACUACUCGUCAAGCUGCACGAGCGUUACUUGUGAUCAGUGAUUACAUUUCACGUCUUCGAGCUCUCAGUUCUCUUUGGUUAGCACGACCAAAGGAGUGAUAUCUAGCUUAGACAUAUCGACACUCAGACUAAGGAGCAUUGUCAGAGGCAAUCUACAGCAAGAACCCAAUUUCUGCUGCUGUUUGUUGUGUUUUAUCCCAGAAAGAGCUAGGAAGUUGAAGCCUUUUUUCUCUCAAUUGGUUUCCACUUUGUUCCGUUCCCGAACAAGUGUCUAUUUUUUGUUUUGUUUUAUCUUUCAUAUAAUUUUCUGGAUGCUUAGUUUGGUAUGGUUUGAUAGAAGAUUAAUUUAGUCGUAUCUAUAUUAGUUCUUUUAUGUAUUUUCCUUUCUAAAAUCUAAGAUCCCAAAGCUCAGACGCUAGGAGCUUGCUUGUAAAAAAAUGACUUAUUUGACAUUCAAAUGAAUAUUAAACUAAUUUGGCUAAUA